AUGCCCCUCCCCCUCCGCAUCCCCCUCCGCAUCCCCCUCCGCCGUCUCCCGGGCCGCCGCACAAUCACAACCCACACCCACCCGCACUUCACGACCCCCGUCUCCGUGCUGCCCACCCACAUCGACACCAGCAGCGACACCUACGCCGCCAAUGCCACGCACAUGAGCACGCUCAACACGCAGCUGCGGGAGCUGCACCGCACCAUCGCGCUCGGCGGGCCCGCGGCGGCCCGCGAGAAGCAUUUGGCGAGGGGGAAGAUGCUGCCGAGAGAUCGUAUAACAGCCCUGCUCGACACAGGGUCCGCGUUCCUCGAGCUCUCGCCGCUGGCAGGACAUGGGCUGUAUCCCGACGAGGAUGUGCCGGCGGGCGCGAUCAUCACGGGGAUUGGAAGGGUGUCGGGGGUGGAGUGUAUGGUUGUUGCGAACGAUAGCACCUGCAAAGGCGGCACCUACUACCCCAUCACCGUCAAGAAGCACCUCCGCGCGCAGACCAUCGCUCUCGAGAACCGGCUGCCGUGCAUCUACCUCGUCGACUCCGGCGGCGCAAACUUGCCGCACCAGGCCGAUGUAUUUCCCGACCGCGAGCAUUUCGGCAGGAUCUUCUACAACCAGGCACGAAUGUCCGCCCAAGGCAUCCCGCAACUCUCCGUCGUCAUGGGCCCCUGCACCGCCGGCGGCGCCUACGUCCCCUCCAUGUCCGACGAAUCCAUCAUCGUGGCCAACACCGGCACCAUCUUCCUGGCAGGCCCACCGCUCGUCAAAGCCGCGACCGGCGAAGUCGUCACCGCCGAAGACCUCGGCGGCGGCGAGCUGCACAGUAAGGUGUCCGGCGUGACCGACUAUCUCGCUGUCGACGACGCGCACGCGCUUGUGCUUGCGCGGCGGUGUGUUGCGAAUCUCAAUUGGCCUGAGGGCAGCGGGGCAAGUGGUGGUAGUGGAGGAAGUGGCGAGGUGAAGGAGCCGCUGUAUGAUCCGAAGGAGCUGAAUGGUGUUGUCGGGGAGAGUCUGAGGAAGCAGGUGGAUGUGCGCGAGGUGAUUGCGCGCGUGGUGGACGGGAGUGAGUUUAGUGAGUUUAAGGCCAACUAUGGGAGUACGCUUGUCACUGGCUUCGCAAAGAUCCACGGCUACCCCGUCGGCAUCCUCGGCAACAACGGCAUCCUCUUCUCUGAGAGCUCUCUCAAGGGCGCGCACUUCAUCCAGCUCUGCACACAACGCAACAUCCCGCUCGUCUUCCUGCAGAACAUCUCGGGCUUCAUGGUCGGCCGCGACGCCGAAGCGGGCGGCAUCGCCAAGAACGGCGCCAAGCUCGUCAACGCCGUGGCGUGCGCGGACGUGCCAAAGUUCACCGUCGUGGUGGGCGCGAGCUAUGGCGCGGGAAACUAUGGCAUGUGUGGGCGGGCGUAUGGGCCAAGGUUUUUGUGGAUGUGGCCGAAUGCGAAGAUCGGCGUGAUGGGUUCCGAGCAGCUCUCCUCCGUCAUGGAGACGGUCGGCAAGAGCGUUGAUCCGGCGCUCAAGGAGCGCAUCGACAGCGAGAGCGAGGCAACGUUCUCGUCGGCACGGCUAUGGGACGAUGGCGUGAUCCCGCCGGAGGAUACGAGGCGGGUGUUGGCGCUGGGGCUGCGGGCGGCGUUGGGCGGCAGGGGCGAGAGUGCGGUGUCGAGGUUUGGGGUGUUUAGAAUGUAG